UUUUCUACUCGUCGUCGUCCCCAGGGCUCUUAAAUCUCCUCCUCCGUCUAAACACUGGAACCCGAUUUCUAGCUUUGUUUUUAUUCCCCCUCCUCCCAAGAUGGCACGGUUUCACGUCGACGGCAAGGCAAUCCAAGGCAUGGACUUGUUCAAGAGGCGGCACUGGCCGUGGCGACUGGACACGUGUCCUCGCGCUCUUCACAGUCCUUCGUGGAUCUUAGCUACUUCGUCCAGUUCAGCAAGGAAGUAGAUACAAAUUAUUCUUUUUACUCUUUGUUUGAAAAAUGGAAGGGCAAAAUCAAGAAAUACCUGAUAUUCCCUAUGCCAUGCUUCUUCCUCUUCCUCCUCCGAAUAUGGAUUACAACGAUGACGACGAAGAUGGAGAACUGAGCGAGGAUGAAGAAACUCUCGUGUGCCGAAUAUGGAAAGACACUCUGAAACUGAAGCGUCUCAGAAGAAAUAAGCUUUUGAUGUCUGAAACAGGACUCAUUGCCGAGCCUAAACCUGCACAAAGCAAAGAACUCGCUCGAAAAAAGAAAUUCUCAAGAGCUCAAGAUACAGUACUCCGGUACAUGCUAAAAAUGAUGGAGUCCUGCAACGCCGAGGGCUUCGUGUAUGGAAUAAUCCCUGAAAAUGGCAAGCCAGUCACCGGUGCCUCUGAAAAUUUACGAGGUUGGUGGAAGGAAAAGGUGCGAUUUGACCGAAAUGGACCUGCAGCUGUUGCAAAGUAUUCGGCUGAGCAUGCUGCUGCUUCUGCUUUAGAUGAACAAAAAGCUGAUAUAAACAUUCGUGUAAAAUUGCAUGAAAUUCAAGAUACAACUCUUGGAUCACUGCUCUCGGCUCUGAUGCAACACUGUGAGCCACCACAAAGGAGGUUUCCUCUUGAGAAAGGGUCGCCACCGCCAUGGUGGCCUGACUUGACCGAUGAUUGGUGGAUCGAGCUGGGAUUCCCCACUGAUAAGGGAAAACCGCCUUAUAAGAAACCCCACGAUCUUAAAAAAGUUUGGAAGGUUGCAGUGCUUACUGCUGUCAUAAAACACAUUUCUCCGAACACUGAUAAGAUUCGUCAGCUUAUUAAGCAAUCAAAGUGUCUUCAAGAUAAACUGACGGCAAAAGAGAGCUUGUUAUGGUCAGCUGUGCUGGAUCAAGAAGAUCGAUGUUAUAGACAGAAGCAUCCUGAGUUUCAGGUACCAAAAUUGCCAGUUAAUAAAGGAAACAACUGUUUAGCUUCUUCCUUCAGCAGUUCCUGCAGUGAUUAUGAUGUUGAGUAUUACAAUCUCAGAGAGGAUAGCAAAGAUGAUGAAGAUUCUGGAAAGAAGCAAAAGAAUAAGGGGAUCAAGAUUGAGGGAGAGGGAAGUAUGAAUCAUGCUCAUAAGAGAGCAGCAGCAAUAAUGCCACAGGAUCAAUAUCAGCAACCGUUUCCUCUAUUUAUCUGUGAAAAUAUCGGCUGCCCUCGUCAUGAAUUCUGUAAUGGAUUUGCUGAUCGGGGUACAAGAAACAUUCAUCAGUACAGUUGCCAGUAUCGUGCUAGCUCAUCAGUUAAUCCGGGGAUUCAUGCCACUGCAGGAUUUGCUCCUUAUGCUUAUCAAUACAACCAGCUGAACCAGAGCCAAAUCAAUGAUAACCAGCAGAUUGGCAAUCUGAUGAACCAAUAUGACACUAAUGUCAAUGAUCGGACUAUGGUAAUGCCUACUAAUUUGAGUUCAAAUUUUAUACAGGAAAAAAUGGCGCAUGUUCAAGAACCAAGCUUUCACCAGAAUGCGAUGAUGAAUAACCAGAAUGGGUAUUAUAUUCCAGAGUAUAAUAUGGAGAGCAAUGUUUAUGAGCAGGCCCAGGAGCAGGAGCAGAGCUUGAUGUUUGAGAACCAGAACAAUAAUUUCAAUGAAGAAUUUGGAGGAAUGCGAACUGUUGGUUUCUAUGGAAUGAAGUAUACUGAUGCGAUGACGAAGCUUGAUGGCUUGGAUGAAUGGUUUGGUUCCGGUUCUGGAUGAAGGCAUUUCUUGAGGUGGGUUCAGUUUAUUUUCUCUCUGAGAGUUUUAGUUCUCUCUUUUGUCAUGAAUAAAGAGAAAAACAGUUUUUUCCUAGUUGUUUCGUAUCUUGGAAUAUUUUCCCAGGUUUUUUUAAUGAAAGUUAUCCUGGCCCUGGGAGGAAUUCCAUCAGUCUUUGUUUGUGUCUGUUUCGUCGUGGGAGCAUUCAGUUUGCUGAUGGAUGGAUUGGUAGUAUCCAACUGAUACUCUUGUGUGUGCGCUCGCGCGCGUGUUUCCCCCCCUAAUGUUUAAGUCUUAAAACUUUGUUUGGGUCACUUUAAAAGUCUAUGAUUGGAUUUUUAUUUGA